AUGGGUUCAAAGAUACAUGUAUACGUAAUAUCUUUGGUGUUAUUCUUUUUCGAUGCGAGUGGAGCUCACCCAAUACUUUUGAUGUGCGAAAAAUAUGGUGCCAGAGCGGACGCGAGGUCGAUACUAGUAAGGCGCAAGCAGAAGGGUUCUAGCAAAAUUAUGAUACCAAAAGGGACAUAUUUACUAGGCGUGGUGGAUUUAAAAGGUCCAUGCAAGGGUGCCAUGCAUCUUGAAGUUCAAGGAACCUUUAUAGCUCCAACAAGCCCUAACGCGCACAAUAAGGCUAGUUGGAUUACCUUUGCCUACAUCGAUCGAUUAACAAUAUCCGGCGGUGGGACAUUCGAUGGAAGAGGAGAAAUUGCUUGGAAGCAAAAUAACGGUGGCUAA